AUGUGUAAUCACGAAGGGAAGACUAUCUUACACUGGGCGGCAAAAUACGGCCAGGAGGCAGUGGUGAAGUUUCUCCUUGACACUGGAAAAGUAGAUGUCAACUGCAAGGAUCCGUGUGGCAUAACACCACUUCAUCUCGCUACGAUGUUUGGCAAUGAGAGAAUAGUAAUAGUGGAGCUUCUCCUUGAUACGGGAGAAGUGGAGGUAGACCAGAUAAUUGAUUCGAAGAAAUUAUCUGAUAUUGAUGUAGUUUCAAGCCUCCUCCAGGAUUACUGCGCAAAGAUUGGUUUGCUUGCUCCGACUCAAGCUCAGUCGGUCAUGACUCUUCAUGUUCCUGAAGCUAUAGCCUCUUUUCAGUCAUGA